AUGCUGCGGGAUCAAAUUGCCGUGGGGUCAGUCCUGACAACUCUUGCCAAAGGUGCAAGGUGGCAGCUUGCCUUGGCCUUGAUCAAGGAUGUCAAGGCAUCGUCACUUCAGCCAGAUACAGUGAGCAUCCAGCUGGUUGUGCAGAGUUGUGAGAAGGCAUCGCUUUGGGGAGCAGCUGUGGAGCUGAUGUCUCGGCAGGUGGAGUCUGUGAGCUCCGUCAUGAAGGCUGCGCAACAGGCACUCUGUUGGCAGGUGGCUUCUCAGAUGCUGCAACUGAUGAAGGACUCGGACAUCAGGGCAGAUGUGGUGUGCUACAACUGCCUGAUGGGUCCUCCACCCAGGCAGUGGCCCUAUGUCCUGAUGAUUUUAGCUGGUUUGCGCGUCAAGGCUGUGAGAUCCACAGACUACAGUCUGAGCUCAGCCGUCAGCGCCUUGGAAGCUGCUUCCAACUGGUCUGUGGCGUUGACGUUGAUGUGCCGGCAGAUGUCGUUGCCAAGCUUCAAUGCGCUCCUCUCCGGCUGUACCUGGAGGUUAACGAUGCAGCUCUUGGAUGAAUUUCCAACACUGCGAGCAGCUUGCUUGAUUUUUGGGAGAUGA